CAGUAUUACCAACAUUACAGGCGUCCUCCAUCUUGCUGGGGGCAGCUGACAUUUGUUUGCGAGAAGAAAACCACGGGAAUAUAGCAAACACUCGCUCAAAAUGGGUGCCUCUGCGAUUCCUAUUGCUGUUUUCACCAUCCUAUGGGGUGUCGUUGGUAUUGUGUGCCCCUUCUUUGCCCCUAAGGGUCCUAACAGAGGGAUCAUUCAGGUGGUGUUGAUGCUAACAGCUGCCACAUGUUGGUUAUUCUGGCUGUGCGCAUACAUGGCGCAGAUGAACCCGCUCAUCGGGCCCAGGCUCAGCAACGAGACGCUCAUCUGGAUGGCGCACAAAUGGGGCAACCCCAUCAACAUGACUGCAUAGGUCAGCGGCCACUUCUAUUUAUUUAAAUCCGUAUAUUUGUGAAUACCGCCCUAACAUCGGGG